AUAUAUAUGCUCUUAUAAUGAAAUUAAACUAAAGAACUCAUGUAAAUAUUUAAUCACUCCUGUGAACACAUAACAUGAGCAAAAUUUGCUCAAAACGACAAGCAAACACCCUUAAAUGACGCUAGAAAAAUUUAAACCAUUCAUGAUUCAUUAUUCAUCCACUUUUCCUCAGCUUAUUCGUCGUCUGCUGUUCCAUUAAUCUAUUCUUUCCCGGACAACAUGAUUCAGAAAAGCCUUGCGCACCUAAAAUUCAUUUUCAAUUGGACAGAAACCCCACAAAAGCCACCAACUGAAAGCUGAAGAAAUAUUUUUACACGUCCAAGAACCAUAAUACGCAUUGACUUCUUGCAGCCCCCCCAAAUCAGAAAGUAUGAGCAACAAUGAAACGGUGAAGCUUCUGGGAACUGGAGUGAGCCCUUUCGAGUGGAGAAUCAUAUGGGCUCUCAAAUGGAAAGGCAUCGACUUUGAAUUCAUUGAGGAAGAUGUAUCCAACAAGAGCCCGUUGCUGUCGGAGAAGAAUCCGGUUUACAAGAUGAUUCCAGUGCUCUUUCAUGCCCAAAAUGCCGUAUCUGAGUCACUUAUCAUUCUUGAAUACAUCGAUGAGACUUGGAAAGAGAACCCCAUUUUGCCCGCAGAUCCGACAGAAAGAGCAUAUGCUCGUUUCUGGGCCAAGUUUUCUGAGGAGAAGAUACUGGAGGCAUCAAGAUUAGCAUUUCACUACACAGGUAACAAACAGGCAGAAGGGGUUAAACUAAUGUCUGAGAGCCUGGAAAUUCUGGAAGGGGAAAUCAGAGGAAAGAAAUUCUUUGGAGGACAGACAUUUGGAUAUCUUGAUAUUGUGGUUGGUUGGAUUGCUUAUUGGCUUCACUUCACUCAAGAAGCUGGUGGUUACAAGGUAAUGGAUCCGACAAGGUUUCCAGGGAUUGAUCAAUGGACGAAAAACUUCUUACAAGUUGACAUAAUUAAGGACAAUCUUCCACCUUUUGAUAAGAUGAUGAGUACAUACAAACUGUACAGACAGAUGUCUCUCCAUUUACUGAGUGGUGGUGGAGAUCAGUGCUGAAUGCAUUUGUUCUUGAAAUUGUUGCUUCUCUUCUUGCUGUUCUUGUUUUAGUUCUAUGUUUGAUUGAUCUCCUGGUAAAAUAUUCAUUUGUGUCUUGGAAUUGGUGGUUUGU